ACGGCCUGCCCCAUCGACAGUGACCACAGUUCCACUGACAUUGACCGCACAGUGCCUGCUACCCCAUCGUCGGUUAGACAGGCAUUCACAGAGACGAGUGAACCAGAAGACGUUUCAGAGUGUAAUUCAUCAGGGACAUAUGACUCCUCAUCACACUCAAAAGAUGGGCAACUCUUACACUCAUUUAAAUUGCCUUCAAAUCCUUCAUUUUUUUUUGUCACUAAAAGUGACUGGAAGAAACUGAGGAUGAGACAACAUAAGCGUCGAUUCAAAUCUUUAAACUGGACUUCAGUCAUGGCCACUGGCAUCCGGAGUGUCCACCCACACUGUUGCUUUGUCUUCAAAUCUCACAGUGUGCGAACAGUUGGGUCAAAAAGGAAAGGGUCACUUUUUUCAUGUGUUGGCUACUGUCGAUUUGAUGACUGUCCUGUGGAGGUCGAAGUUGACAUUGAGGAUGAGUCAUCCCUUAAGGCAGUUGUGACCUUCAGAGGUGAAAAAGCAUGGCACAACUGUGAAGAACUCAAACAUCGGCCUGUGCGUGCAGAUGAAAGGGAUGCACUUGCUAAUGCCCUCACCAGCAAACUUCCCAGAAGUGUGUACCUUGAUAAGCUCAAUAAACUGGAUGACACUGUGUUGGCUUCUGGAAACAGAGACCAGGUACCAUCAACUGGUGUGAUGAAAACAUUGUCCUGGCAGGCAAGAAAGAAGCUGAGAAAACACAGCAAUGAAAUGAUCAGCCUCAGAAAAAUGAUGGAGGAAGAGCUUGAGACUGAGGAAGCAGUCAUUAAAAAAAUUAUAGCACACCCCAAAGGAGUCAUGCUAUGGUCCAACAAAACAAUUGACCUCUUCCAUGACAGGUGCAGGGAAGACAUUGUAUAUGUGGAUGCGACAGGGAGCAUUGUUAAAAAGGCAAAAGGGAAAACCUCACCUUUUUAUGUGUAUGAGAUGGUGGUCCGAAAUCCGUUCAAAGGAUCCUCCCCUGUCCCUGUGGCCACCUACAUCACAAACGACCACACAAUAGCCUCCAUAUCCUUUUUCCUGGGUCAUUUCUGA